AUGGACCAGUGGAAAACUCGCGGAGCAGCAAAUCGGUUCAGAAAAGUAUGCACUGCUCGAAUAAUUCUCAAUAAUUGACGCAGUUUUCAGACUCCACGGAAGCCCGGUAGCACUUCAAUUGAUGGCCGGUCAGUCACUUCUCAAUCGUCGACUCCGAACAGCCUUCUGGCCAUGUCGUCGAUCUGGGAUUUCAACGGGCUCAGUCCCUAUUUUUCGAUGCUAAAUGUGAAAGACGGACAUUCGGCGUACCAGUCUCCACAAUCGCUUCUGUAUCCACCGUCUCCUUCCACUCCGCUAAGCGAUCUGAUGAGUCUUAAUAGUUUCCCUAAUUACGUAAGUCAUUGAAUGUAAUAGUUGUUAAAGAGUGUACUUCAGUCGAAUGUCUUCAUGCCGCUAUCUCGCAGCAGAACUUCGUCGUUCCUCCCAUCCGAUACGAGCGACUCUUCUCGUCGUGGCUCUGAAGAUUCCGUGCCGGCCACCCGUUCGUUUAGUUCUGCCGCCGUUGAGCGUCCCAUGAAGAAAAUGGAUUCUGAUCAGUACAGCUUCACGAAGGAAGGAAAACCAAAACUGUCUAGGUGAGACAAUCUCAAUUUACCCAAAUGACUUCUUUCUAAAGAUCGGCUUCAUCGAUGAGCUCGAAGAUUCCACUGAAGGCGAUGCCUACUCUUCUUCCGUCGUGGGCUUUGGAUGCGAACGGGAAUAUUCGCCCGAAGAUGCCUAUUUCGAAAGUUCUCGACAGCGGCGACUUGGGAAAGUUCGCCGUGGACAAGAAUGGCUGCCAGUAUCUGCAAGAUGCUGUGAAGAGAAAUUUAACACCAUACCAAAAGUAUCAACUUUUCGACCAAGUCAUCGGGAGAAAAGAGGAUUUCAUUGUAAGGAGUAGAACUAUGCUCAUCUUUUUGAAGUAAAUCUUUUUCAGAAGUACAGCACGAACAUUUUCGGUAACUUCCUGGUGCAGCAGGUCAUUGAAAUGUCUGUGAACUGUUGUGAUGAGAGUUUCAUUGCUCGUCAGGAGAAGCUGAAAGAGUUUAUCGGCUCCCAAAUGACUGAUCUCUGCCUUGACAAGUCGGCUUGCCGGGUUGUCCAGUUCGCGCUUGAGCACAUGGAUCUGAAUCUCGCGUGCGGUCUCGUUCAGACCCUACCAUGUGAUACUCGUCUGAUUGCGAUUUGUCUCGACCAGAAUGCCAAUCACGUCAUUCAAAAGAUUGUCGCAGUCAUUCCUCUUCUGAAAUGGGAGUUCAUCGUUGACUUCGUCGCUCUGCCGGAACACUUGCGUCAGAUUUGUUCUGACAAGUACGGUUGUCGAGUGGUUCAAACCAUCAUCGAGAAGCUAACAACCGAUUCAAUCAAUGAUGACCUGACCUUGACCGCGAAAAAUCUUCGUGAACUUGCUCUCCAACGUCUGAUGAAUUCCGUGACCAACCGGUGCCAAGAACUGGCCACCAACGAAUACGCGAACUACAUCAUACAACACAUCGUUUCGAACGAAGACUUGGCUGUCUAUCGGGAGUCUAUAAUUGAGAAAUGUCUGAUGUUAGUUGUUUUUUUUGAAGGUUAGUUUAGGUUAUUUGGAAGUUUAGGCGCAACCUGCUUUCCCUUUCUCAAGAAAAGUUCGCAUCUCAUGUUGUGGAGAAGGCGUUCCUGAAUGCUCCUCUCGACUUGCUUGCUGAAAUGAUGGACGAAAUUUUCGACGGAUACGUCCCGCAUCCGUAAGAACGCUAGCGGAUACGAUAACUAUUUUCAUUGCGUUUCAGAGACACGGGAAAGGAUGCUCUUGACAUUAUGAUGUUCCACCAGUUCGGAAACUACGUCGUUCAGUGCAUGCUCACGAUUUGCUGUGACGCCGUGUCCGGAAGACGUGAGACGAAAGAAGGCAGCUAUGACCACAAGAACGCGUUCGUUGAUUGGCUCAAAAAGUUGCAGAACAGAAUCAGCAAGGAAAGACACCGAUUGUCGAGGUGAAUUGCACCAGCUUCCAACAACAUUCAUCACAAAUUUUCAGAUUUUCCUCCGGAAAGAAGAUGAUAGAGACUCUUUCCAAUUUGCGUACGACGCAUCCGUUCUUGGGCAUUCACUCCUCCGGAUUAACCACUUUCAAAUUUGAGUGCUUCAGCACAGCCUCCGAAGAUGACAUCUCUGAAACAGAAAGAGUAGAAAUCGAGAAGAGAAGCAUGCACCUGAAGAACCGCGGCGGAGUCAACGGCCCCGCUCCACAGAAGCACUCUUCACUCGAAAGCCAUGCUCACGACGGAGAUGACGAAGCCGGCACAUUCUAA